AUGUCGACCAAGUCAUUUUCUCGGCAGCCUUUCCUAGGCUUGGAAGGCCGACAUGUCUUCAUUACCGGGACUGCUGGCACCGUGGGAGCCGAGACAAUCCGAGAAUUCCUAGAUCAGGGAUGCCGUGUCACAGCCUAUGGAAACUGCCCACUGCAGCUCUCCGGAAUUAAUGCAGAACGCUUUUCUCGAUUGCAGAUUCUGAAUGGAGACAUCACCGACGAAUAUUCCGUCCAGUAUGGCUUUGUCAAGGCAGAAGAAAGUUUUGGAACUGCCACCAUUCUCAUUGUCAACUCUACAAAUGAAGAGACAAGACAACAAGGGCCCAUAUGGGAUACCUCACUCGAAGACUGGGAAAAAAGCUACAAAUCGAACGUUCGUGGCUCUUUUCUUGCUAUCAAGCAUUUUCUGCGCCGGAUGCAUGAGAACCAGCAGAUAUCAGGGAAUCAUCUGGCUAGCCCGUCUAUUGUUGUAACAGAGACCGAGACACAUGCUGGCCUCGCUGCUGGAAAAGCCGGUCUUCAUUAUGGUCUUCUUCAAACCGUGCGAAAUGAUAUUUUGCAGCUGAACCCUGAGGGGCGUAUCAAUGCUAUUGUAGUUGGUAAAGAUACCGACGCAAACCAUCAGACUGCUGCCCCUCUCGUUAUAGCACAGACAAUAGCCUUCUUGGCCUCAAAGGAUGCUUCUGGUCAUAUCUCCGGCCAAUGCAUUCAAAUUGAGGGAAAGCAACCCUCCGGGAAUACUCAAGCCAAGCUUGAUGCAAACCGAAGCCAGAUCCAGUCCAUUCCUCGUGGACUUGGAAAGCCGAAGCGCAACAAGAUCCGCGUCGCCGUGUCAAUUGACUUUGACGCAGUUUCAGGGUGGCUUGGAACAAAUGCACACUCCGAUAAUGGCCUGGCAGACUACUCGGCUGGAUUCUUCGCCGCCCACGUCGGAGCUCCCCGAUUAUUGCGAAUGCUGAAGAAGCUGAACAUAGCCGAUCGCUGCACCUGGUUUAUUCCGGGUCACUCGGCUGAAAGCUUCCCAGCAGAAGUUAAACAGGUUGUCGACUCAGGUUGCGAGAUUGGCCUGCAUGGCUACGCACAUGAAGGAGCGUACCAGCUCACUCCAGAGCAGGAACGUGACGUCCUCGUGCGCUGCAUGGAUAUCGCACAUACCCUGACAGGCAAGAAGCCAGUAGGUUACCGAGCACCAUUAUACCAACUCCGUGAAUCAACCCUUGAUCUUCUGGAGGAAUAUGGAUUCGAGUACGGUAUGCAGUAUCCUGAUUUCCCACUUAAAUGCGCAUCGCAAGCUGACGUCACUUACCUAGAUGCCUCGUUAACCGACAGGGACUGCCAUCCCUUUUUCGCUCCCAGAAGACCGCCUAUCAAACCAAUCGAUUUCUCCAAGCCAGCUUCCAGUUGGAUGCACCCCGUCCAGGAACCCGUAUCUCCACCCGAUAGACGCCCCCUUGUCUGUGUGCCAUGUAACUACUACAUGGAAGAUAUGACCCCGAUGCAGUUCCUCCCACACACCGCUAACUCCCAGGGGUAUGUCGAUACGCGGGUUAUUGAGAACAUGUGGCGUGAUCGGUUCUUGUGGAUUCGUGAUAAUGAGGAGGAGCCUGUUUUCCCUGUUUUAAUGCAUCCAGAUACGAGCGGUAUGGCUCACAUUAUUGGGAUGUUAGAGCGUAUGUUAAGAUGGUUGAAGGAGUGGGAAUGUGAGGGCGAGGUGGAGUUUUUGCAGACUGGACAGAUUGCAAGAUGGUGGAGAGAAAAACAAUCGGAAAGUGCCCAGGUGGCUUAA